CGCGCUCUGUUUCUCGAUCUAAGAAAAAAAAUCGUCGUCAAAGCAGAAUCAUGGUCUCCAUAUCUAAAUUCAAGAAACAUAGCGGGCAACAGGGGAUUGAUUCUAAAGCAAACUUGGCUGCGUCACUCUCACUUAUGAAAAUGCUAAUUCAGAAUGAAAGAUUUGUCUCUAUUAGAGAAAAACUUGAAAACAAUAGCAAAAACAUUAAAUCUUAUGUUGCUCACCUCAAAGAAUUGGCUGCAUCAAGGGUUGAUUCUACAACGAGUAGUUCAGGCAACCUCCUUUCUUUGAAGAUGAACCAUCCUCCCAGUAAACUCAGUGGACUUGUUCAAGGAUCUGAAGACGAUGCUGAUAAUAGUAAAGAAGUUGUGUGUUCUAGAACAACCAAAAUUCCUCUUAUCGAGAGGAUACCUUCCUAUACUACGUGGAUUUUCUUGGAUAGAUAGUACUGGUGGGUGGUGAUCAUCGUGUUGGCAUCUAUGCUAACCAGCAAAUCCAAGCAGGGGAAGAGAUUUUCUAUGACUAUCCAUAUGGUCCUGAUGAAUCACCCGCCUGGGCCCUGAAGCCCACCCUUUCAAACACAGAUGCUUCACCACUCCCUCGUGCUCCACCAAACAAGCACAAAUCUCGUUGAGGUGGCGGUCUUCUCGUCAUUAUUAUUUCUUUAUCGCUACAUUUUUUGAUGCACAGUCUAUAACUACAUUUUUUUAUGCAUAAUCUAUAACUACAAUUUUUUUGAUGCAUAAUUUAUAACUACAUCUUUGUUGUAGUUUAAAUUGGAAAGUAUUUUUAAGUAGGUUAAAACUUAAAUUGGACAGUAUUUUUAAGUAGAUAAAUUGGAAAGUCUUUACUCUAGUCACAUAUCUAUAGUCUGCUCCGUUCAGUGUCAUGGAAUUUGGCAUACGGAAAUGGAAUUGGAGGCUCCAAUUCUAAAUCCAAUGUUAAUUACCAUAAAAUGUUCGGAUUUGGAAUUGAAUUACAAUUCCAAAAAUUCCUCUCAUUCCACAAUUUAAAUUCCAUAUGAAAAGUAUAUAGUUGGAAUUUUAAAUUUUAAAUUUUAAAUAAUAAUAAAAUUGCACUAUCAUCACACACAAAUACACAC